AUGGGGAUCGAAACGAGAGAUAUAAGGCCAGAUUUGUUGAAAUUUGGGGUGGCUUUAGCAUUGUCUCUUGGUGGAAUUAUUUAUGCGUUUCUGAUAAACAAAAGAAUUAAAGCUUCUGAAUCGCCAUCAGAUCAUCAUUGCAAGAAUCCGAUGAACUCAGGAUCGGGAUCGUGGGUUUCGAGAAGCGAUCAUCAAGCAUCACAGAUAGCACCCAAUUCUCUCCGCUUUGAUCCUCUUGCAACCGAUAAACAAGAGUUACCUCAUUCAAACAUUCCUGCUCCUGAUCUUUCGGCAAGUAGAAGAUCUAACAGCGAUAAAGAUGCCCACGAUCUCCUACCCGAGUUUAACGACCUCGUUAACGAGUUCAACACGGCCGGCAAGAAAGCCAACGUGUCUCCCGUUAAAGAUUUCGAACUUCAACGAACAAAAGAUACACACGAACAAGAGAUCAAAAGCUUAAGAAACUUGGUCAAGAUCUUGAAAGAAAGAGAGAGUGAUUUGGAGAUCCAAUUGCUCGAAUACUACGGUCUAAAAGAGCAAGAAACCGCGGUUAUGGAGCUUCAAAACCGUCUUAAACUCAAUAACAUGGAGGCUAAACUUUUCGCUCUCAAGAUCGAGUCGUUACAGGCUGAUAACAGACGAUUAGAGGCACAAAUGACCGAUUAUAUGAAAGCUGUAUCGGAUCUUGAAGCUGCACGAUCGAAAAUAAAGAUGCUGAAAAAGAAACUUAGAUCGGAAACCGAGCAGAACAAGAAACAAAUCAUGGAUUUCCAACAACGGGUUCAGAAAAUGCAGCAAGAUGAACACAAGAACGUGGUCGGGGUUGAUCCGGAGGUCGGAUCGAGCCUCGAUAAACUCAAGGGUUUGGAAGCGGAAGUCGAAGAAUUGAGAAAAUCGAACCAUAGUUUGCAGUUGGAAAAAUCGGAUUUGGCUCGUAGGUUAGAGUGUGUUCAAAUCCUCGCGACAUCCGUCUUAGAAGAUAGUGAAAUAUAUCUAACGCCCAAUUCUUGUAGUGAAAUCGAAUUCGAUCUCACGGAUUAUUGGUCAAAUCCGCAGACAGAAAAGCUCAAAGUAGAAACUCAAGACUUGAAGAAACAAAACGAAGAUUUAUCGAAGGAAAUCGAGAGAAUCCAAGCAGACAGAUGUAGUGAUCUUGAAGAACUCGUUUAUCUUCGAUGGAUUAAUGCAUGUUUAAGAUACGAGCUCCGAAAUUAUCAACCGGGACCAGGUAAAACAAUCGCUCGAGACCUCAGUAAAACAUUAAGCCCAAGAUCAGAAGAGAAAGCAAAACAACUGAUCCUUGAAUACGCCAGCAAAGAAGGUGGCGCCGAAAAGGGUGUCGAUUUACUCGACAUCGAUUCUGAUCAAUGGUCAAGCUCUCAAGCUUCAAUAAUCACCGAUUCCGGAGAUCAAUUAGAUGAAUCAUCCGUGGACGAUUCAUUACAUCAUAAAAACAACAAUAAUAAGUUCUUUGGGAAGCUUAUAAGAGUUUUAAGAGGAAAACAAAGUCAGAACCAGAACCAGAACCAAAACCACCAGCUUCGGAAUCAUAGUAGAAAUCCGUCGUUAGGAAGAUCGGAAUCGGGCGGUGAUGAUCUGAAUUCGUUCAGCGAUUCUAUUUCAACAACUCAUUUGGGAAGUUCGUCGGAGAAUCAGAGGCCAAGAACGUCAACUGGGGGAUCGUCGUCGUCUCAAAGAUUAACUCAUCGGCAUAGUGAUCAUGCGUGUUUCUAUAAACAGAGCGAUUCCAUUGCAGAAGGCGGUGGUGGCGGCAGUAGUCAUGGUUCGUGCUCGUCUUCUUCGUGUGGUAAGAAGUCGGAGCUGCUGAAAUACGCAGAAGCUCUGAGAGAUAGUAGUUCGACUCUGAACUUCAAGUUUCAUAGGAGUUCUCCCUCACUUAGUUCCCUUUGA